CAAAGUUUCUACUAUCAAAAUUUAUUAAUUUCUUCCUCAUCGCAUAAUAGAUUUAUGAAUGUUUCUUUAAAGGUACAAACAACAAAGUUCCGCUGUUCGUAUUUACGCCUCACUGACUCAUAGCUUUAGCGUUGAGUUCGUAUUUUAGCAAGUGAGUUGUUAAUCACGCUAACAUUUUCCCAUAUGAUCACAAUGGUUCAACUUUACGUAUAUUUAUUUCUGGUCUGUGGUGUGGCAACAGUUUGGUGUGAUACUCCAGCCAAUUGUACAUAUGAAAGUAUUAAGGGCACGUGGACCUUUUCUAUUGGACAGGGUGGAGGUGAUAACACCAUCAACUGUUCUACAGAAUGGAAGCCCGUCAGCGAAUAUACCGUCACUCUCUAUUUUCCUGAUGUAGCAGUCGAUCAAAACGGAGUACAAGGACGAUGGACCUUAAUCUACAACCAAGGAUUCGAAGUUAGGAUAAAUUAUAUGAAAUUCUUCGCCUUCUCCAUGUUCAAACAGAGUGGUAAGACCGUCACCAGCAUGUGCUCUCAGACCUUCCCAGGAUGGGUCCACGAUGACUAUGAGAAGAACUGGGCGUGCUACACGGGACAGAAACACGAUACAGAUAAAACAAUCCAGAUAUCCAGGAGAUUUCGCUACGAUAGUUUAAUAAAGUAUACCAUGAAUGAGGAUUACAUAAAUAAAAUUAACAAACAUCAAUCUUCAUGGAAGGCUACAAUGUAUAAAGAAUAUAGCCAGUACACUCUAAAAGAUAUGACGCGACGUGCUGGGGGAAGAAAGUCAGCGAAAGCUUUCCCCAAAGUAUCCCCAGUAACACCCGAGAUACAGAAAGUUGCUGAACGUCUACCAGAAAGCUUUGACUGGAGAAACAAAGAUGGUAUCAACUUUGUUUCGCCUGUUCGUAACCAAGAGGCUUGUGGAAGCUGCUAUGCGUUUGGCUCAAUGGCUCUUCAUGAGGCUAGGCUACGAAUUGCCACCAACAACACGGUCCAGAAAGUUUUCUCUACACAAGAUAUCGUUAGCUGCUCAGAAUAUUCUCAAGGAUGUGAUGGCGGCUUUCCGUACUUGAUAGCAGGAAAAUACGCUCAAGAUUUUGGAUUGAUUGAAGAUUCGUGUUUUCCAUAUACCGCUAAAGAUGAUAAAUGUAUCUCCACCUCGUGUGAACGAUAUUACGCUAGAGAUUACUACUAUAUUGGGGGGUAUUACGGAGCUUGCAAUGAAGCUUUGAUGAGGAUAGAACUUGUGAAGAAUGGGCCCAUUGCUAUCAGUUUUGAAGUAUACAAUGAUUUUGAACAUUACAAGAGUGGCGUUUACCACCAUACAGGUUUAGUAGAUCCAUUCAACCCCUGGGAGAUCACCAAUCACGUGGUACUGAUAGUAGGAUAUGGUGUGGAACCAUCGACAAAGGAGAACUACUGGAUCGUUAAGAACAGCUGGGGUACUAAAUGGGGUGAAAACGGAUUUUUCCGUAUUCGUCGAGGGGUGGACGAAUGCAGUAUUGAGAGUAUGGCCGUGGGAACCUUCCCGGAACUAUAAUACCGUUAGGGGUUUGUUUUGAAAAAGAAAUGUUGGACGCUACAGAUAAGACAAACACAUCCAGUCACAAAUAUCAGGGUUUCUUUCAUCGUUUACAACUUUCUGUUCAAUAAAAAUUAUUGUUUGUA